AUGGCGACUGUGAUUCUAGGAGGUGGCAUUAUUGGCCUCAGUAUCGCCUAUCAUUUUUCUGAACUGAAGCCGGACCUCGCUGCAUCGCACCAGAUACACGUUGUUGACUCUGCUUCAGAACUGCUUCUCUCAGCAUCCGGGUAUGCUGGAGGAUUUCUUGCGAAAGACUGGUUCAGUCCUGCAUCAGCGUCACUCGGCGAAUUGUCUUUCAACCUCCACAAAGAGCUUGCAGCUAAACACGACGGCGCCAGGAAAUGGGGUUACGCUCCAAGCAAGGUGUACAGCCUUGCUAUAGAUUCUAGAGGCAUGGGCAAGCAGGCGAAGGACGAGCAUUGGCUGCAAUCAGGCACAAGUCGUUCAGGUGUGGCGCCCUCCUCGGCUGACGGCGCAACAGGUCCUGGGGCAGACAGGCACGAGAUGGUAAAUGACGACGGUAGUCCGGCAUGGUUUACAAGACAAAGGAAUGGCGCCCUGGAAGUGCUUGACGACGAGGGAAAUUGUGCACAGGUAGAACCGAGACAACUUUGUCAAUGGUUGAUUGAGAGGUGCAAGGAAAGAGGUGUUCAGAUUCAUACUGGUUGUAUCGCCUGCAGUAUUUUCAAGAAUGCAGAGGGUAAAGUUGCGGGUAUAAAGGUCAGGAAGGACAUGGAAAUUUACGAGAAACACGCGAAGAAUAUUGUCCUGGCAGCUGGAGCAUGGACCCCGAAAGUCUUCCAAUCAAUAUUCCAUGAUAGCAAAUUUCGAAUUCCAGUCACUCCACUAGCUGGCUAUAGUAUUGUGGUGCGAUCUCCGAGAUUGACAAAACCAAUACUCGACCUUUCCCAGCACUCAGGAGUUACGCCAGUAGGAAUCUCACAUGUUAUCUAUUGCAAUCCUUCGCCAAAUUGGGCAUUUGCUCCGGAAGCAUUUUCCCGACUAUCUGCUGACGGAAAGCCGGAGAUCUGGAUUGGAGGUCUCAACGAUGCUGGGCUUCAACUGCCAGAUACUGCCAAUGGCGCAGCUUCACUCAGGGACAAAAACAAGUCUGAAGAGAUGAGAAAAGCUAUGGUCGCGAUGACGGGCUUGUCGCGUCAGGGAGAUAAUUUACAAGUUGAUGAUCUUGAAACCAAGCGAGAGGGGUUAUGUUUUCGUCCAAUCUCGAGAUCUGGAUAUCCUAUCAUCUCGAAAGUUCCUGCAAAUGCGCUGGGAAAAGAUAUUGAAAUGGAAGAGGAUGGUGGUGUGUUUGUCGCCACGGGUCAUGGACCCUGGGGCAUAAGUUUGAGCCUGGGAACUGGCCUGGUCAUGGCUGAAUUGCUAAUAGGCAGGAAACCUUCAGCCGACAUCUCACGACUCGCCAUCAGAUAA